CAACACACACGGUAUUUGGCCUUCACUUUAUUUUUUUAUGAUUGCAACAUUAAUUUGUUUGUCAAAUGGAAAAAAACAAUGUGAGUGAAGUAAAGUGAUAAAGUAGAAAUAUGGCUAAGUCCAAAAGUUGAUGAGACCUCAAACGUAAAAUAUUAUCGUCUAGUAGUAGUUGGAUUUAGUACCACAAUAAGAAAAUCAAGAUGACCCACGUGGAGAAGAGGAUGGCGCGCCCGGAGAAGGAGACUAUACAUUCUGGGCAUUUCAUGGUGUCGCACUUCGAAGCAGAGGCUCAGGAUGAUUUUGACGAUUUAGCUGUCCCUGUGCCUGAUGAGGAACAAAAUGUUCAGAAAACAUCAGUGGUUGCAACGUACACAGUACCGGGUGCGGUGGAAAAGUUUCAACCGUUUGACAAAGAAGAGAGUAAACAACAUCAACAGCUUUCUAUUGAGAUAUCACUUACAAAAUUGUUCAAAUGCAUGACUUUGGCCUACAGACAAAAACUAACAUCUCCAAAAUGGAAUCGCUUCAAAGGUAUCAAACUCCGCUGGAAGGACAAGAUAAGACUGAACAAUGUCAUAUGGAGAUGCUGGCACAUGCAGUUUAUAAAGAAACAAAAUACGUUAGUGUGCCAGUUCGCGUCACCACUGGACGUUGAUACACAUGUCAAGCCAGAGGCAACCAUUUUGGAAGGAAAGUAUUGGAAACGAAGAGCCGAGGCAGUAAUAGCAGAAUAUAAAAAAUGGCGCAUGUUUCAUAUUAUGAGGCUCUUUGGCAAGGGCGAUACCUCCGUCCAGGAUACGAUAUCGGAUAUGGACACGGUGGAAUCGUUCUCUCAGUGCAGCGACCUGGCAGCCAACAUGCUCACCGACGAGGACUACCUCAGCUUCAUGAGUGACACUCUCUUCUCCACCAUCACCAGCCACCAGCCCUUCGCCUUCCCCGACUGCAGGGAGAUUGCUAGAGGCGCAAGUUUGGCAGAUUUCAUCCAACCAAGCUUAGGUCCGCUACAACCUAACCUGGAUGAUUUUAUGGACACAUUAGAACCGCUGCAAGAUCUACUAUCGACGCCUCGCCUGCCGCCCGUGCCAGAAGAGAGCGCCCUACCCGCAGAGGACCCGCUGUAUCGAGGGAGCUCCCACAUGUCAGUGGACACGUACACGUCCCAAGGAUACAUUGGCGACAGCCAGACCUCCACAGUCACCAUGCCCACGAGCCAGAUGACCAUUCAUGGAACAAGCAACAAUACUCAGAUGAUGACGAUGGCGGGACAGAGCAUUAACCAGUCCAUCAAGAAUGAGCAAAUGAGGCUGUAUGAGGAUGGGAGGAUGUUUAGUCAGGGGGAGAUGGCAAACAAUAUGCUGGGUUCCCAGGAGUUGGUACAGUAUCCAGGAUCGUACGAGCAGCCGCCACAGCAGCCUGAACCCAUGCAAACGGUGUACUCCGGGAAAUUGUCGCGGUUACAGUAUGUGUCGUCACCGAAAAUCGUCUCCCAAUCGGAACCUACCUACACGCAACCUACUAAGUAUAAUGCCGCUAUCCCUCCGUCUCAAACGGCUCCGGAGACAGUGUCCCUGCUGCAGCAGCCGGUGCAGAACUCCAAGUACGCCUCCGCCAUCGUCAUCCAGGGCCGCAGCGCGUACAACCGUGACAAACAGCGCCCCAGGGUCGCGCACUACGCCAGCCAGCUGCCCAACGCACCUUAUCAGGUAUUUAAGUUCAACGCGACGACACAGCAGAAUUAUAAUCAGGGCAUGCAACCAGUUAGUCCCUCCGGUCAGAUCCAGCAAGUGUCUUAUGAGCCCCGGGGCGGACGACAGCAGAUCCAGUACUUGCCAGCGGAGCCCUACAAGCCCAAGACUUCGCCUGCGCACAACACGCGCGCCUUCAAGAUGCCCUCGCCUCCCCUCGCGCCUGCUGCGUCGCAACAGGUGUCAACAGUAGGCGCAUGCGCAAGUAACGUCGCGCGCGGCAAGGAGCAGUUCCGUUCGCACAGCCUGCCCCUGGGCGCGCAACUCAAUGCUGACUGGACGGUGUCGGCGCCCGCGCCGCAGCCCGCCGCCGCGCCCGCCGCUGCGCCGCAGCCCAUGGACACCGCCACUCGGCUCACUGCGAGGCAGGGAGGUCGCGCGGUGCCGGCGCCGCGGGUGCGGUCGCGCUCGUCCAGCGGCGGCGGCGGGGGAGGGGAGCCCGGCGCCCGCCGCCCUCCGCCGCUGUGCAGCGUGGCCUCCGAGCCGGCGCUGCCACAGGCCAGCGUCAUGCUCGCGCAGCUGCUCUCUGCUAAACACUCUCAAAGCUUGUACAAGCUGAACAGCAGUGAGGACGAGCCGACCAGGUCGCCCGUGCGCCGCGCACAACCCUCGCCCAUAGGCAGCGACGUCAUGUCGCCGCACCAGCAGUGUGAUUGUUGGGUGCACCAGCCGCUGUCCCCGCCCGCGUCCCCGGGCUCGCCGGGCGCGGGCCGCGCGUCCCCCGCCGGCUCCCCGCGCGAGCCGCGCCGCACGCACCUGCACGCCGAGCAGAAGCGCCGCUGCAACAUCAAGAACGGCUUCGACGCGCUACAGGCCCUCAUACCGCACCUUAGCAGUAACCCCGCCGCCAAGGUGAGUAAAGCGGCGAUGUUACAAAAAGGAGCGGAGUACAUAAAACAGUUGAAGACGGAGCGGGCUCAGAUUAAGGAAGAGAUGGAGAGUUUGCGGGCGCAGAUCGCGUGUUUAAAUAAUUCUAUAUCCAACUGCCACUCGCUGCUGCCGGCGACGGGCGCGCCCGUGUCCCGUGCCCGCGCCGGCCGCCUGCGGGAGAUGUUCGCGAGGCACGUCGCCAACAGAACCAUGCACAACUGGAAGUAUUGGCUCUUUAGCGUGGUGAGCGCGGCCCUGGUGGAGUCGUUCAGCGCAUGCGUGUCGUGCGCCAGCAGCGCAGACCUGGUGCGGACCACGCUGCUGUGGGCCGAACAGCACUGCUCGCUCGUCGAGAUGCGGCCCGCGGUGCUAAACUCCCUGCGCGUGCUGUGCACGUCGACAGAGAUCCUGACGUCCCCGGAGCGGCUGCCCGAGGAGGCGCGCGCCGCCGUGGCGCCCAGCGCCGGCGUCAAGACCGAGCCCACCUAACACACGCCACCACGCCCCACAGCCCCGCCUCUUUGCCGGUAACUAACCAACCUACAAAAUAACUACACAUCUCACGUUAUGGGUAGUAUACUAACGAGGUGUCUAGUCAUUUCGCACGGGUUAUACACCAGCGGUGUCUGCAAGGUUACGCUAUCGCGCGCGCCGCAAUGACUCGCGGACUUGCGCGGAAUAGCCGUACGCAUUUAUUUACGUAGACAGGAUUCGCUGCGGCUUUUGAUCGAAACCCGCGGUAUUUAUCGCGUCACGCGCGAUAGCAGAACCCGUGCAGUCUGUUCUCGCGUCUCUGACGAUUCGAACAAUUAACGCAUCGUGUGCUGUUUAUGUAAAGAGUACACCAGCGGUACGAUGGUAGCGAGCGCCAUGCCGCGAGUGCAGUAGUGUAGAUAGUAUUUGUACAUAAGUAAUAUGCUCAGAACAGAUAAAUGUUAAAGAUCUCCCAUUUCUGUGCAAAGAAAGCCUUAAGUGUGAUGAUAUGAAAGAAAUCAUAAAAAAAUGACCACUGACAAUUUCGUCACUAAUUUGGCUUAACUAAAGCUUAAUCUUAUACCUUUAUAGAGAAAAAUUAAAAUUAGAAAUGUCAGAGGAUCGAUCCAAAUAAUAUCGACGUCCAAUUUCAGAAAUUCUUUUAAAUAACUUUAAGGACAUGUUUGUAAACACGAAUAUAUUUUUCGUAAUUUUUAUAUGAUUUGUGGUUGCUUUAUCGGAUUUCGACACUCGAUUCUAGGUAUACUUUGUAUAUAUUUUUUCUUUGCAUUUUAUACCGGCAAAGAGGUAGUAAGUACUUUAAUAUUAUUAUCGAGUUAAGAAUGGUGACAACAGCGUUUUAGACUAAAUUUAAAAAUCUUAGACGUGUCUUUAUGAAUUCGAAAAUUUAAGCACAAAAUGUUCUCAUAAUCAUGUGCCUAUUGCUGUAAUGUGAUGUGCGUUGUUUAACAAAAUGAUCGGCCAAUUACGUAAUUUUAUUAUGAAUUGAAAUUUUAAACGUUUUAUAGAUGAAUUAUCAGAAUCAGAUUUCGAAUAACUCCUUAUGAGCAGCUUGUGAACUGCUGGUCAAAGUAAGUUUGACGAUAAUGUUAACGUUUGAGAAUAUGUAAUAUACCGUGUAAAUGUUUGUAUAUAAAUAUAUUGUGCCUGUGGCCUGAACUCGUGCCUUCAACAACGAAAUCUUGGUUAACUGAAAUAGACAGGAGACGAUUAACAAUAUUGUUAAAUGAUUUAACAAUUGUACCAAAGAUAGCUGCGAUCCUGUGUACCACAUGUGUCGUGCCCUGCGCACACGCCCGUCCCGCGACUCGAUGCGAUACCAUUGUAGCCAAUAAGUGGAAAAUAAAAAGAAUUUAUUAAACAUGUCGAGAUUUAACUUAGAAUUACUUGUAAGUAUAUUCACGUAAGUAAUUGUAAGUAAAUAUUUUUAUAUGAUGGUGUGGCGACACAAAUGUUUUUAUAUUACGUGCAUACCUUUUUAUAGCGGCGUUAUGGAUUUGGGUGUUGAGGAGACCUUAUUGAGCUAAUUGUGUUUAUAUUAAUGGAUGUAUUGUAGUGGCUUUGUUGGACCUGAUCACAGCGCCGCUAUAAAACGGUCUGCAGAAACCGGUGCCAACGUAAUUAUUGUUGUAAUUGUUAUGUAGUGAUAUAAUUUUAUGAUGUACCGUUGACUCUGGUAGCACGUUGUCUGUUAGCGGUCCGCCGCGCCCUCGUGAGCUUUAAACGAAUUAUGUGCAAUUGUUGUUCUAUUGAAAAUACAAUUUGGAAUCAAACAA